UUGGUUAGCCAGGUAAGUUUAGGAUUAGUUUGUGCAAAUCCUGGGUUUUGGGUACCAUGAAAAUAGCUUGUACCAACAAGGCCUGGUCACAUUGGCUUGGUUUUGUCAACUUGAAACUAAUCCUGUAACAAUGAGUUUGUUUAACCAUUUUCAUGGUAUAGGCCCCUGGAGUAUGUUCCAAAAAACACACUACAAAAAGAAAUCUUAAGUGUCUUCUCUCUCCAGUACAGCAGGAGGCGCUCUGCAGCUCUAUAGUCCACUGAUAAACCCACUAAAGAAAGAAAGAGCGAGCUCACGUGUGAUGUGUUUGUGUAUCCUCAGUGUUUUUCUCUCUUGAGUGUUUUAUUGAGUGUAAACAGAGUCUUGUCUCUGUGUAUUUUAGUGUUGAUGAUGGAUGAGAUGUGCUGUAAAUCAGUAGGAACUGAUCUGUCCAUGCUGGAUAUUGAUGAUUUCAUCACAGAAAUCUCUCAGCUGAAGAAAGAGGUGGCGUUACUGGAGACAAAGCUGAGGUUAAGAGGAGAUGAAGGACUGAAGAGAGAGGACUCCGAGCUCAGUCUGACUUUACUCUGUUAUACUGAGUCAAAGCCCACAGACGCUCAGGACACUACAGUGUGUGACAGUAAUCAGGGCUUACAGGAUGAGGAAUCUACUGAUCAAACCUCCACAGAGUCUCUGGAUUCUGUCUGGAACGCUGGAGAACAGCAGCAGAUCCUGCAGACCAAACUCAACAUGUGUUCAGUCAAACUCAUCGACUGCUCGAACCUCAUAAUGGAGACGGAAAGAGAAAACACAGAAGAGGAAGAUCACACUGAUGAUGAUGAAGAUGCAGUGGAGAAUUUUGACAACGAUGAUGAUUUUUUUCCUUCACAUGAGAAAACUGAUUCAUGUUGUGAUGGGGAAAUAACGUCCUCAACAUCAGAAGAGCGACGGACAGCACAAACUUUUUCCUGCAUCACUUGUGGAAAGACGUUGAGCUCACAGGGACAUUUAGAGAGACAUGAGAGAAAACACACAGAACAGAAACACUUCACCUGCAAGAGAUGUGAGAUCAGCUUUACUAACUUACAAGAGAAGAGACGUCAUCAUUCAAAAGUGCACAGAGAGAAGAAGCAGCCAUUUCAUUGUGAGCCGUGUGAUAAAGUUUAUUCCUCUGUUUCUAAACUUAAAGUUCACACAAAGACACACAGUGGUGAAACACAGACAUUCAGCUCAGAGAAACAUGAACACACAGAUCAGAAACUCUUCACCUGCAGGAGAUGUGAGUUGACCUUUACUACCCUAAUAGAGCUGAGACUUCAUUCAAAAGUGCACAGAGUUAAGAAGCACUGUGAGCAGUGUGGUAAAGGUUAUCUCUCCUCUACUAGUCUGAAAGCUCACAUGAUGACACACAGUGGUGAAAGACCGUUCCAGUGCAGUAAAUGUGACAUGCGUUUCAGAACCAGGGAUACUCUUAUUGGUCAUGAGAGAAUUCACACGGGAGAAAAACCAUACAAGUGUCCUCACUGUGAGAUGAGUUUCAGCCAAAAAGCCUAUCUGAAGAAACAUGUGUUUUUACACACCAAUGAGAGACCGUAUCAGUGCAAUCAAUGUGACAAAGCUUUCAGGGAUUCAGGUUGUCUAAAGAUACACCAAAUAAUUCACUCUGAAGAGAAACUCCAUCAGUGUUCAUACUGUGAUAGACGUUUCCGUCGUAAAUCUCAUCUGAUAGACCAUGAGAGAAUUCACACUGGAGAGAAACCUUAUCUCUGUCCUCAAUGUGGAAAAAGAUUUUCUUGUUCAGGUACUUUUAAAGAUCAUCAGAAAGUUCACACUGGAGAAAAACCUCAUCAAUGUAGUGUUUGUGGGAAGAGUUUUACUAAACAUUACAAUUUAGUGACACACCGGAGAACUCAUACAGGAGAAAGACCUUACAAAUGCUCUUUGUGUGAGAAGACGUUUACUCAAGCGGUUCUCCUGAGAAUCCAUUUGAGAGUUCAUACUGGAGAGAAACCUUACCGAUGCUCCAUCUGUGGAGAGAGAUUCGCUAAUGUAGGACCUUUUAAGAGUCAUAAGAAGAAACAUGUUCAAAACGACCUAACCUAUUAAAAAGAGUCCGUUCAAUAAUAAUAGCCAAAUGUCUGAAGAGUAGAAAAAAUAAAAGAUGUAUUGAUUAAAUAAUUGUUCGUUUACAACUAGCUCUGUCCCCUUUUUACUUAAAAUUGCUUGAUCUGAGUGCUGCUUUUGAUACUGGUUCACACAAGGUUCUUAUCUGUCUCUGGUUCUGCUCUUUCAUGGAUUGUUUUUAUCUCACCGAAAGAAACUUCAUCUCAAUGUACAAUUUUAAAUUUUCCAUAGCCCCACUUAUGUAAGGUGUUCCUCAAGGUUCAGUUCUUGGUCCAUUACUCUUUCUAGUUUAUGUACUGCCCCUUUAUCAUAUUAUCCAUAGACCCUUUUAAAGCCCACGUGAUCAAAUUGCCAUCAUAUGUUGCCACAUCAUCAUUGUGUACAAACAGUAGAAGGGUCUAUAGACGUGGUUUUAAAUAUCACAGUUAGGCCUGUGACAUUUUAACCUAUUUCACCGCUUUGUAUGUUGACUCACUUUCAUUUUUUGCCUUGAAUGAAUUUCUGUAUUAGUUAAUUGUAUUUGGUCCACAGUCUAAACUAAUCUAAAAACAGUGCUAACUAACGUUUACUAUUUAUAACAGACCUUUUUUUAUUUUCUUUCAAUAAACAAUUUGUGGAUACAAUUAGACCUUUUCAAUCGUUUAGCAACUUUAUUGCUAAGACAGAAUUUUACCAUCUGUGUAACAUUCCCCGCCUGCAUCUGCUCUCAGCACUGAUGAUAUCACAACUUUGGUGCAUACUCUUAUAAUGUCACAUUCUGACUAUUGUAAUUCCGAUUUCAUUGGGCUACCUGCCAAAACAAUUUUAAGUCAUAUACCCAGCAUAUCCAAAUUUCCAGCAUAUCCAAAACUCUGCUGCCAGAGAAGUCAAACACAUUAAUGCAUGAAUAACACUGGCUACCUGUCUCAGACAGUAUAAAAAAUAAAGUAAUUGUUAACUUUUAAAUGUCUUAAUGGUUUUGCUCCACUCUACCUGUCAGAUUUAUUGGUCUCUACACUCCUAGUCAUUUCCUUUGUCAUCCUGACUCCAAACUCCUUAAUAUUCCUUGUUUCUGCUUGACAUCUAUGUGGGGUCGAUUGUUUGGUGUCAUGGCAGCUUAACUAUGAAACUCACUACCACUGACUAUGCUUGACAUUACUUCCAUCUCUUCCUUCAAGUCUCAACUAAAACCUUACUUAUUUUCUCAAUACUACCAUUCCUUAACAAUUUUGUACAUUGUAUAGUCUAAUCUUGUAUAAUCGACUUAAAUUGAGAUGUGUGUACUAUUGAUCAUUGGUUUUUUGUACAUACAGUGUCCUUGAAUUAAGCCUGAGAAAUGUAUAAAUAAAAAAGCCUGGAAUUUAUAAAUAAAAUAUGAAUAAUAUAAUUAUAGUUUUACUAACACUGAUCAGAUUUUAUGGUAGAUUUUCUCUUAUAUUCAUGAUGAAUUUGUUUUUUAUCUUUUACCUUGAAAUAAAGUAAUCUUAAAAAAAAUCUGUUCUUAAAUUUACAUGAGGCCUUUUGUGUAUAGUUUGAGUAGUAUACAUACUUUUAAUUGUUUAAUAGUAAAACAUUUUUAAAUAUCAUAAAUGCAUAAUGCAAAGAUGUGAUCAUUCCAUCAGUUUAUCAAUAGUAAAUACAGAACAAUUUAUCUGUCAGUGUAAGCAAUAUAUUGCAAAUCGUUGUUCUCCAUUAAAUGCUUUUGUGUGAUCCACCACCUAAUUUAUAAUAAAUUGAUCCAUAAUCUACCCAUGAUGCAAAAUUAUCACAAAAGUUUUGACAUAUUACCCUAAACAGUCAUGACUGUUUAAAUGCUUGUUUGCCUUGGUUGUACCAUAUUUUGACAAGUCAAGUAUAUUUACUGUAUAUGAAGAGUUUCGUUGCAAAAAAGAUAACUUUUUUUUCAGAAAUCUGUGUUUUUGGUUGUGCAUUCCAAUGAAUAUCAAUUCAACUGCAGUUGGUUUGUUUAAAUUUAAACCUUCAUAACUUAAAAAAUACAGCUAAGUAUCACCAUAAAACAAAAUAAUAACAUGAUAACAUAAUAAUAAACAUGUUUUGACAAAAAUGU